AUGUCGGGCAGGGACGAGCGCUGCUCUCCACAGGGCCACAGCGGCUCUGUGUCCUGCCUGGACUUCAGCAGCAGCGGCAAGUACCUGGCAUCAUGUGCCGACGACCGCACGGUCCGCCUUUGGAGCACCCGUGACUUUGCAGAGCGUGAGCAUCGCUGCCUGCGUGCCAACGUGGAGCUGGACCAUGCCGAACUCGUCCGCUUCAGCCCCGACUCCCGGGCAUUCAUUGUUUGGUUGUCAAAUGGCGAGACUAUUCGUGUCUAUAAAAUGACAAAGAAGGAGGAUGGCAACUUCACAUUCACUGCAACAUCUGAGGACUUCCCAAAGAAGCACAAAGCUCCUGUCAUUAACAUAGGAAUUGCAGAGACAGGAAAGUUUAUCAUGACAGCUUCCAGUGACACUGCCAUCCUGAUCUGGAACCUGAAGGGUGAAGUUCUGGCCAGCAUUAACACUAAUCAGAUGAACAAUGCCUAUGCAGCUGUAUCACCCUGUGGGAGGUUUGUGGCAUCAUGUGGCUUUACCCCUGAUGUAAAGGUUUGGGAGGUGUGUUUUGGCAAGAGCGGAGACUUUCGGGAGGUGACCAGAGCUUUUGAGCUGAAAGGCCAUGCAGCUGGUGUACAUUCCUUCUCCUUCUCUAAUGACUCUAGGCGGAUGGCAACUGUUUCAAAGGAUGGGACGUGGAAGUUCUGGGACACAGAUGUGGAAUAUAAGAAGCAGCAGGAUCCAUACCUGCUUCUGACAGGAAAGUGUGAGGUGACAGAGCCUUGUCGCAUUGCCCUGUCCCCUGAUGCUCGAGUGGCGGCCAUCUCUAGCGGUACCAGUAUUGUUGUGUACAACACCCGAAGAGGAGAAGAGGAGGAGCGCUUUGUCGACGUCCACGGACAGUACAUCACAGACUUGGCUUUUGACAUUAACAGCCGCUACUUGGUGUCAUGUGGGGAUCGGGCCAUCCGAGUGUUUCACAACACUGCCGGUUACCGGGCAGUGGUGGAGGAGAUGGAGAGCAUGCUGAAAAAAACUGCUAACAAAGCCACUCGAGAGAGACUAGAGCAACAGAUCUCAAGUGCCCAGAAAGCGCUGGCCGCAAUCUAUGGCAAGAAGCACUAGCCCUCUUUCUGCACAGUGGCAUACUCUGGUUUUCUGCGGUUGCAGAGAACUGUGCUCUGCAUUUUGAGAUUUUAAUAACACUGAACAACUUAUAAUAAAAGAGCAUACAGACUGCUCA